AACAGAUAACUGUUGGGCCAGCCCAAAUUAGAUAUUAACCUAGGGUUUUUCUACAAAUAAAUUAGGGUUCCGGCUAACGAGGAUCCAGUGGCUGGAAGUCUGAGAGAGAAAGGUCACUCCGCCGCGUUAGGUAAAAAAUGAAGCACAACAAUGUUAUCCCUAGCGGUCACUUCAGGAAGCACUGGCAGAACUAUGUCAGGACCUGGUUCAACCAACCUGCCCGGAAAACUCGAAGAAGAAAUGCUCGUCAGGAGAAAGCUGUUAAGAACUUUCCCCGCCCAACUGCUGGACCACUCCGUCCCAUUGUUCAUGGGCAGACAUUGAAGUACAACAUGAAAGUGAGGGCUGGUAGGGGCUUUUCUCUUGAGGAGUUGAAGGCUGCAGGUAUUCCCAAGAAACUAGCACGGACAAUUGGAAUAGCAGUUGACCAUCGCCGCAGGAAUCGCUCUCUUGAAAGUCUACAAGCUAAUGUGCAAAGGCUGAAGACAUACAAGGCCAAGGUGGUCGUCUUCCCAAGACGUGCUCGCAAAUUUAAGGCUGGUGACUCUACCCCGGAGGAGCUCGCAAAUGCCACCCAAGUCCAAGGACAAUACCUACCUAUUGGGCGUGAGAAGGCAUCAGUUGAGCUUGUGAAGGUCACCGAGGACAUGAAAUCGUUUAAGGCAUAUGACAAGCUACGUGUUGAGAGGAUGAAUGCACGACAUGUCGGAGCUAGAUUGAAGAAGGCUGCAGAGGCCGAGAAGGAAGAUAAGAAGUAGAUUGCCAGAACAACUGCUUAGAGGUGGUUUUAUUUUCCGAAUUUUGGUAUUUAUUUUUACAACAUUUUGGAUUUUACAUAUCUUCUGGACUUAAUUUGGUAGAUGAAAGUUAUGAGUUCAUGGAUUCAAGGGUUAUUGACCUUUACUUUUGGUGUUGUAGUAUCGUCACUUCGUUGUGGUUUAUUGCAUCGAAAAUAGCUGUUUGCGAUCUU